UUUUAUUAUUUUCUGCUUAUAUAAGUUUAGUGACAAACAUAAAAUAUAUUUAUGAAGAAAAAGAAAAAUGCAAUAAAGAAACAAUGACAACGAAAUACAGUAAAGACUGUAUAACUAAGAACAUCGUUUUCAUUAAAGAAAACAUAGCGUCUGUGGAUAGACUGUUAGAUAUUUUACUGGAGGGGGAUGUUAUACAGAUGCACGAGAGGGAAGAUGUUGUAGCUAAAAUGCCCGGGGAACGGGUUCACCAUAUGAUCGAUAUUGUUCUAAAGAGAAGAGCACAACACAUCUUCAUUGAUGCUUUAAAAAGAACCGGACAGACACUGAUCGUAGAUAGAAUUUUAAACACACAAAGAGAACUCGCUCAAAUAAAAGAACCAAAACCACACACGAUAUCCUUACUAACACCGAAGAUAGCUUCCUAUGCGCCUUUCCACCGAGAGCACACAUCGUUGUGGCAACAGAAAGAAAACAUGAUGGAGAGAAAAUCACACGAUGAAUAUAAAAGCCUGUUAGAAAUAAAACGUCAAAACGAGGCUAGGAUAAAACAACUAGAACAUGAAAUGGAGAAGGUAAGAAGAACCGAGAGAAAAAGAUACAAACAGUUGGAAAAGGAAUACAGAGAGCUGACAAGAAACAACAACGAACUUAAAGCAAAAGUAGACGAACUGAAGAUUCAACUUAAUGCACGUGAUGAAUUUAUUAAAACGGCCAGGAGUAGGUCGAGUUAUGGACAAGACGAGGUUGAUUCACCCAUUAAACACUCUGACAGUACCUUCCUUGAUUUAAAGAAAUCCCAAGAAAAUUUUGAAAACAAAUUGAUGAAGGAAAUGGCGAAGGGUCAACAACAGUUACUGAACAUCGUUCAAGAAUUAUCACAGAAGAAUGUAAUACAAGAAAAAAAGCUUGCCGAAGCCACCGACAAACUGGAGACAGCGACUGCAAAGUUAAAUUCUGUAGCCGAGAAGAUUGAUAAUCGGCUUGAUGGACACGACGGCCGUAAAUCUACUUCAAAAUCCUCCGCGUCGACCAACUUCAGUGAAAUGACUUUACCGCCAUUAAAUAAAUUGGGCAAACAUUUUUCCGAUGGACUAGCACGUCAAAAUACAUUUAUGGAUGGUGUUGGAGUUCCUCAUAAAUUCAAAGAGUGAUUUUCUAUAUUUGAAAAACUGAUUUAAAUCAAUUGUAUAUAUAUAAAGUAAUGCACCCGUUAAGAAUAUGUCGCGUCCCUUUUAUUUUAAAUCAGUGUGGAACCAGUGUUAAAAUUGAGAAUGGAAAUGGGGAAUGUGUCAAAGAGACAACAACGUUAACCCGACCAUAGAAAAAACAACAACAGAUGGUCACCAACAGGUCUUCAAUGUAGCGAAGAAAUCCCGCACCCGGAGGCGUCCUUCAGCUGGCCUCUAAACAAAUAUAGUCCAUUUUAGGCUACAUCAUCAAUUAUUGGUGAAGGAAAGCGAAACACGAUACAAGUAUCUCAUAAUCUAUGCAUUGUGACACCAGAUGAACACUCAACGCAACUAUUAUUAAUGUUGUAAUUACUAUAUUACAAAGGUACACUACCAUAAGAAGUAUACAUAGACUGGCAAAAUCUGUUCUUUUGUUAGCGACCAUUUAAAUGAGAAUGGAAAUGGAACAUAUGUCAAAGAGACACAAUCCGACCAAACAGCAGAUAACAGCCGAAAUCUCGCACUUCUGUAGCUUGUACAAUGGAGUAUUUAUUUUUUAUACAGCACCCUCUUUACGUUAAAUUUUCUAAAACUCCCAUUACAGUAACUUUUUAUUGAUCAACACCAACUUUGUCACAUGUUUAACACGUAAAUGGUGUCGCGGCAUUCCUUGGUGAAUUAUAUUUUAAUCAAAUUUGAUUUUGAAAUAGACUCAGAUUUACUUCACACCAAACUAUCAUCACCACAGCAACACACAGUUUUGACUACUCAAGUCUUACAAUUUCAUUAUUUAAAGCUAUCCUUUCAACUGCAAUUUAACUUCAAUU